AUGAAGUUCCAAGCGCUCUCAGUACUUGCGCUUCUUUCACUAAAUGUGUCUGCACAGCAAGUGAUAGGCAACGGAAAUAUCACAGUCGCGUUCUUUGCCGACGAUGAAGAAGACUCGUGCCAAGCCGACAAUGCCAACAAGACGACAACAGGCCUCGUCCUCACGACAUCAGACCUACCGAACGCGUACACGUGCUUUAACCUCUCAGAUAUCUUCUCACAAUCCAACGACACUGGUUUCAUGAAUGCUACCUGGAAAGUCUACGAUUUGGACUACAACCUUCGCGAACCCAACGGCGUGCACUGGCUCCUCCGCAACCAAGACAACUUUGACUCCAAGGCCAACUAUUCUCGUGUCUGGUACGAGCAGGUAAACCAGACAGGAGAGAUCAAAGCCGGAGAGGACGCGCCGUGGGUGUUUUACAUCUACGCGUUUGAAGACUGUGAACAGAUGCUGGCAGGAACCGAUGACCCUUCUGAGAGGUGGCCUUGGUUCGAGAACAGCUGCCAGACCGAGAUUGGCGCCUCGGUGGCCCGUGCUCGUAGCUUGGAGCUGCCAGAAAUUUUCUACUGGGAAAAAAGUGCGAAAACUCAGUCUCCAGCCAUCACCAACACCCUUCGAGACGCGGAACCCCCCUCCAAUUGCGACACCGGCUGGGACCAAGACAAGAUGUCGCACAUCGACUACGCUCUCUACGAAUCCCCUGUGGGCUAUGCCCUCUUCAAGGUGGUGCAUCAGCAGGAUGCGGUGGGGUUGAAGUUGAAGGAGACCCAGGCUGCUGCCAACGACCUCGCCAAGUUCGGCAAGAUGGUCAAGCUGGCCAAUUUCAGCCCUUUCCGGGGCCACGUCGAGGCUCUUGAGAACAUCAACCUCGUCUCCGAGGGUAUCGUGUCGGACUACCUCAAGUCCGUCCUCGAGCUCAACCUCCCCCAAACGAGCGGCAAGAAGACCAAGGUCGUCCUGGGUGUCUCCGAGAAGAACCUUGCUGGUGCGAUCAAGGGCGUCUUCCCCGGAAUCGAGUGCGAGACUGCCGACACCUCUGACAUUGUCGGAGACGUGAUUCGCGGUAUCCGACUGCACGCCGACAAGCUUCUCGGUGGCCUCAAGUCCGGCGAUGUCGAGAAGGCCGGUCUGGGUAUGGGUCACGCCUACUCUCGCGCCAAGGUCAAGUUCAGCGUCACCCGCAACGACAACCACAUCAUCCAGGCCAGCGCGACCAUCGACUUCCAGGACAAGGGUGUCAACCAGUUCUUCAUGCGCGUCCGCGAGUGGUACGGAUGGCACUUCCCCGAGCUCAUCAAGAUUGUCUCCGACAACCUGACCUACGCCAAGCUUGUUCUUGCCAUUGGUGACAAGAAGAGUCUCAACGACGACAAGCUCCACGACAUUGCUGCUCUCCUUGGCGAGGACGGCGAGAAGGCUCAGGCCAUCAUUGAUGCCGCCAAGGUGUCCAUGGGUCUUGACAUCUCUCCCGCUGACCUCGAGAUCGUCCACGGCUUCGCCGAGGCUGUCGUUAAGCAGGCCGAGAACCGCAAGUCGACUGCGCUGUACCUCGAGAAGAAGAUGUCCAACGUCGCCCCCAACCUCCAGACCCUGAUUGGCACUCCUGUCGCCGCCCGCCUGAUCUCGCACGCCGGAUCCCUGACCAACCUCUCCAAGUACCCUGCCUCCACUCUGCAGAUCCUCGGUGCCGAGAAGGCCCUGUUCCGUGCCCUCAAGAGCAAGAGCAACACCCCCAAGUACGGUCUCAUCUACCACAGCAGCUUCAUUGGCAAGGCCGGUGUGCGCAACAAGGGUCGCAUCUCGCGAUACCUCGCCAACAAGUGCAGUAUGGCCAGCCGUAUCGACAACUUCUCUGAGGAGCCCUCCACUCGCUUCGGUGAGGCUCUCAAGCAGCAGGUUGAGGACCGGUUAGAGUUCUAUGCCACUGGCAAGAAGCCCGCCAAGAACUCCGACGUCAUGAAGUCCGUCAUGGACCUCAUUGACGACGACGACGAUGCCGAUGAGGACGAGGAGAUGGCCGAUGUCCCUGAGCCCGAGUCCGCCAAGAAGUCCAAGAAGGAGAAGAAGGAAAAGAAGGACAAGAAAGAGAAGAAGGAGAAGAAGCGCAAGCGAGAUGAGGAGGAAGCCCCCGCCUCCAAGGAGGUCGACGGUGAGAAGAAGAAGAAGAAGAAGAAGAGAAAGUCGGAGGUCGCCGAUGACGAGUAA